AUGGGCCGGCUCGACCGGAGUAAUACCACGUCCUUACAGAAAACCGACGUGAAACAACGCUUGGCAGGAAAGUCAUCGAAUGACUGCUCCCGCCUGGGUGAGGCGGAGGGUUGUGUCAGACUCUUACUGACUAAAAACCACCCUCGUUUUUUCUCCUGCGCUUCGAGCCUGAGCCCCGUGCCCCACACUAGGAUUUUGUCCUGUGUCGUGGGUACGUUUACAAAAAUACAAGUUCACAUACACAUGACACCCAGACCCAGAACAACAAUCUGUGGAUCACACAAAAAGUUGUUACGUGCGGGAAUCGAACCCGCGACACGUUGCGCGGCAGCCGGUUGCCCAGCCACCGCACCAACCGUGCAGGGGCGGGGGGGGAUAUCAUCGAAUGACUGCUCCCGCCUGGGUGAGGCGGGAGGGAGUGUCAGACUCUUACUAACUAAAAACCACUCCGUUCCUUCUCCUGCACUUCGAGCCGGAGCCCCGGAGUCUACAUUUUGGAACGAGCACUUAGCUUCACUGACGGACAGAUCAUCUGCUCUAGCCGAAGCAUCUUGCAUCCCUGGCCCAGAUUAUCUCCUGUGUCGUGGGUGCGUUUACAAACAUACAAGUUCACAUACACAUGGCACCCAGACCCGAAACAACAAUUUGUGGAUCACACAAAGUGUUGUUCCGUGCGGGAAUCGAACCCGCGACACGUUGCACGGCAGCCGGUUGCCCAGUCACCGCACCAACCGUGCAGUCAAAGUCAAUUUGAGGAUUGUUGGGAAAUCAGGGAUUGGGGAGAUUUUUAUUGAGACCAAGGAAACCUCGCUCAUACGACGAAACACAACACAAGCGUUGGUUUACUUCGGUUUUCAGCUCGGCAGUGGUAUCACUCCGGUCGAGCCGGCCCAUUCGUGCCGAAGCAUGACUCUCCAACACUCCCGCGUCCGUUACAUGUUUUAUCCACCGACUUCCGCGUUGUUCCUUAUCCAUGAUCUUUAA